AUGGGAAAUAUCUCAUACCGUGCGAUACCAAUCGAACAGAAGAAAGAGGUAAACCGCGCCAGUCUUAACAGAUACACUCCUAUUAUGGCCACGAAGGUGCUCGCCGCGGCGAUGGCCAUCACCGUCCUGGCCGCGGCCGCGGCGUGUGCCGCGGCGACGGGCGGGACAGGGCCGAGAAGCUACCUGACGUCCUGGGACGGGCCGGCGUGCACGACGAACAGCGGGCGCAUGUCGAGCGUGGGGACUUGCGGGUGCAGCCCCGUCCGCUUCCACGGCGGCCACGAGUUCAACUACCGGGGCGAGACGGCGACGCUCUACAGCGAGCACGGCUGCGCCGGCACGCCGUACCAGGUGUUCGAGGACACCCAGGCGUGCGGCGACUUCGGCUGGCGCAGCAUCCACAUCGACUGCUGA